GUCAUCAAGCCGCCAGCACAAGCAUGAUUGGGCGCACGUUUCUGUUUUGAUCCAGUGUAAUGUGCUAUCUCUAAAACCUGAGCUAUAUUAUUGUUAUUAUCUAUACACACACAGUUUAUGUCUACAUUUGGCACUUAAAAAAAAAACGGUUUAGUUUGGACCUUAACAGAACCUUAAGUUUAAUAAAGUAGAAUCCUGCGAUGAGGAUCAUGAAGAGACCAAACAUCCUCCUCACAGGAACCCCGGGCGUAGGGAAGACGACCCUUGGAAAGGAACUGUCUCAGAGGACCGGACUGACGUAUAUCAACAUUGGAGAACUGGCAAAGGAAGGUCAGCUGUUUGAUGGCUUUGAUGAGGAAUACCAGUGCCCCAUUCUGGAUGAAGACAGGGUUGUGGAUGAACUGGAGGACCAGAUGAUGGAUGGGGGCAUGAUUGUUGACUACCACGGCUGUGAUUUCUUCCCAGAGCGAUGGUUUCACAUUGUGUUUGUCCUUCGCACAGAUAACACCAACCUCUAUAAUCGGCUCGAGAGCAGGGGAUACACAGGCAAGAAGCUUCAGGACAAUGUUCAGUGCGAGAUCUUCCAGACCAUCUAUGAGGAGGCCAUGGAGGCGUAUAAAGAGGAAAUUGUGCACCAGCUUCCCAGCAACGACCCUGAUGACCUGGAGCGGAACCUGGAGCAGAUCUCACAGUGGAUCGAGCAGUGGAUGAAGGACAAUAACUGAUGCAUAAACACUAAUCAUCACACAUACAUACAUACACUGAUGUGACAUGUGUGCACCUUCAUGCACUAAUUAUUCCAAAAGAUUGGUGUGUUUCUCAGAGCUCUGAUGCAAACAAAAACAACUAAAAGCAUCGUACAACAGGAGAAAAAAAAAACACUGCUGAGAUGAAUUGAAGUGAACCUCUUGUCUUGAAGGCCAACAGCUUUUCCGUUAAGUCGAGAUAAGUUAGUCUUCGAAAAAAAACCCAAAAACAUGUACAGUUCUUUGUAGAAAUUCCAAGACUUCCCUGAAGAAAUGCAUGCUAAAGAAGAUGAUAUUGUUCUAGUGUGUGCUCCAUGUAACCAGAAAUACAAUAAACCUAUUUUACAAAUUUAUCUACAAAAUAAAUCAGUUACAAGAAACAAA